UAGGAGCAGUAAUUGACUGAAGGAACAAUGUCCGAACAAGUUGUUUAUCCACCUCCUCCAAGCCAAGCGCCUACUUUUCCUCCUCCACCGAAUGGCGCCGCCUCCAUCCCAAACCCCUCCAAACAUUCCUCCAAACUUCAGCUUUCCCCCGCCUCCGCAGCAGCCUAUACCUUCAAAUGAUGAGAAGGCAGAUGUUUCACCGAUCUCUUCUCCACAAGGCCCGUCAACCCCACCGAUAAAUGAGAAGGCUUUCUAUGCAGCUGAGAACGGCGGGUCAUUCGCUGCCAACGCGACGAUGUUCAGUUCAUCGGAAGCCCAGCAAGCACCUACACCAGGGCCAGGCCUCACACGAGCGCAUACAGAUGCGACUCUUGCCAGCCGAAUUGCCCCAAAACACUUCGUAGGAGCCACCUCAACAUAUGCGGACGAUGUAGGGACUUUCAACGGUGGCAGCUACAGGGUCAGUCAUCGAGACACAAACACUCUCUUGACCAUUCAGCUGGCGGUGGGGUGUCCCAUCCAGGCGAGACCCGGAAUCAUGAUCGCAAUGUCUCCUUCUAUGUCCCUCAGAGGUUCGCUUUCUUUUGGGUGGAUGAAAGCCCUUGCAGGAGGCCAAUUGGCCCGGUCAACAUACACCGGUCCUGGUGAACUCCUACUUGCCCCAUCUAUUCUAGGAGAUGUCACUAUCAUCCGUCUGGACGGCAAUACAGAGUGGACCGUAGGAAAGGACGCCUUUCUCGCUUGUACGGUCGGCGUUAACAUCAACUUCAAAACUCAAGGUCUUAUGAAGGGUGUGUUCUCCGGCGAGGGUUUUAUCGUGUUCAAGUUCACCGGCUCCGGAUUGGUAUGGAUGCAGAGCUUCGGAGCAAUUGUCAAGAAAGAACUCGCCGAUGAUGAGACGUACUACGUGAACAACGGCCACCUGGUGGCCUGGAACUGCCGCUACAAGAUUGAACGAGUUGCUUCGGGUGGUAUCAUUUCUAACUGGAGUGCAGGCGAGGGUCUUGCAUGUAGAUUUACAGGCCCUGGCACUGUAUACAUGCAGACACGUAACGUGUCCUCCUUCGUUGCCCAUCUGGGCACCAGUAUCGCCAAAAGCUGAACACGCAGACCUGAUGAUCUGGUGGGCUUACCACAAUAGCUGUCUUUUCCUUUUGGUUUUCUAUUCUUCUGGCUGCUUUGGCUUGAUAUAAUUACCCUGCUAUAUACCUGACACGUAUUUGUAUCUACUCAUGUGCUUUCUACGAAGUCAUCAUUCUGCAUAGUCACAAAAUUGGAUAUCUUCUGUCACUUCUUUUGGGUAGCUUUUCAUGACUCUG